AGAGUAAUAUUUGUGUUUCGGCUAACUUCAUCGUUCCAAUGAAUACUCCAAUAACUAAAUAGCACCGUACAAAUAGUAAAUUGUUUGUAUGCUAAGAGAGUGCAUUGUGACCAAAUUAAGUUUAGAGUUAUCAUUUUAGUAAGUUGGACAAGCGACGAGCUUCCUAGCAUGGACUUUGCCAAUGAGAUGCACGAUCACUACCUGAAGGAUUUUAUUCAUUCACUGCAGUUAGGCAGCGAGGAUAGCAGCGACCAUAUGCACAGCCAAAACCGGAGCCAGAGUGAGUCCUCACUAAAUCCCAAUGCAGCCGAAUUCGUGCCCUCCUUCAUGAAAAUUAGCGAUGGCGCUUAUGAGGUUAAUGUUAAUGAUGAUGAUGACAAUCAAUUGAUCAGCUCGACAACGACGCUGGUGAACAAAGUGAUUAACGGUGAUGGUCUUCACGUCAACAGAGAUGAUUCACAGAGCCGCAUUCAGCGCCAACUCUUCUAUUUGAUGAAACAAUUGGGCACAUCAAAUUUGCCGCUCUCUGAUAUUCAAUUGAGCCUAACACCCAACGGCCAGGGCAUCAAUGUGCAGUUCAUGCCCAAAGAGUAUGGCCAACGAAAUCCUUUGGACGAACAACUUUGCAUGGCAGCUGGCUUUCGGCUGGAAAUUGGGGAUUCUGUAUUGCAAUCCAAGCGGCCCUGCAAAGCUGUAGCCGCACAAUUUCUGAGUCGCAUGAGUGAACUGCUGGAGGAGAAGAGUGAAGAGCAGACUCUCUGUCCACAGUGUACGGGAAUGCCGAAAAAGUGUAUCUACACCGAACUGGAGAUUGAGCGACAGAUCGAGGACAUCAAGGGAUUUGAGAAGCUGAUCACAGAGGAUGCGGGUACACGCUAUCAGGAGGCAUUCAAAGAGCUCUGCCAAAAACUAGGACUUACCACCAGUGGAGAACAAUCGAUGGAAUCAACUGCUGCACCUGCUGCCCGGCAAAACGACGAACUAAAUGCCGUUGAGGAGCCCUACGAAUGGGAUUCGUUUACAGCUAAUUAUGAUUCAACGUACAACUGUGCGGCACCCAGUGGCUUCAAAUUGCCCGUGAAUAAGCUGUUGGAUGUGCAGCAGCAGCAACGGAAACAGGACCAAAAAAAGCAAUCCAGCUCAAAACUGAAUGUGCCGACAAAAAUACAAACUAAUAUGUCCUCCUCCUCGUCCACUUACCCCAAACUGUACAAGAUAAAUCAGGGAAAAUGGACGGGUUCGCAAGGAACACGCGUAGCCAAAGCAAGCAAAGAGAGCAAAAUCCAACGAUCCCGCUUCAGCUCACUUGGCUUUAUGGCAGCAGCAGCAUCAGCGGCAGCAGGCACAGCAACUGGAACUGGCAUAGCAACUGGCACAAUUGGUUCGUCCAAGAAGCUACCAGAGCGACCGCAGCAUGUUAAGGAAGAUGGGUCGAUUCGCUCGUAUCAGCGUGAAUCGCCUCAGAAAUCGGGUAUUGUUAGCAAUAUACUUGAUAUGCGGGCCACACAAAUUGGGAAGCCAACACGCAUCUGCAAAAUGGAGCCACCGCGCUCACAGCAACAGUUAGACCGAGCCCAAGUCCAGAAUGUAAAAACAGCACCAACCACAAGCCGUGCCAGCACCAUGGCUCAAGGGCAGAGCACCAAGAUUAGUUCAGCGGGAGCUCAACGAGUGCUUGCACCACGUAGCACGCAUGCAUCCCAGAUGCGUCAGUCGGAGGUGAAGCGUCGCCUCAACUUAAUGCGAGGUGACAACGAAACUGAUGUUCAAUUUAAUGAGUAUCUAUUCAAAUGAUACAGUUCGAAAAUACUUUUUCAAUUUAUUUAGUUGGUUUUCAAAACAGCAUCGAUCGGUUGCCGCUAUCUCAAAGUGGAGCUUAAUUGUUAUCAACAGAAGAGUUUGUUAGACGAGUUUUUAGUCAGGCAAUAAUUGCUUUGCUGAGGAUUGUUCAGAAUUUAGCAGGCAAUGGAUUGUGUGAUUAUAGUGUAUACAAAUUAAUAAAUCGUUUCGUGUUA